AUGCGGGCAUGUGAUAAAGUGGUAAAAGAUAGAAAGAUUGUUGAAAAGAUUCUGAGAACAUUAACACCCCAAUAUGAUCAUAUUGUCGUGGCAAUUGAAGAAAGCAAAGAUUUAGAAAAGAUGAGGGUUGAAGAGCUUCAAAAUUCACUCGAAGCUCAUGAACAACACUUGAUAGAGAGAAGAACAGCGGAGAAAAGUGUGAUACAAAGCACAAAUCAGGCAUUGCAAGCUAGAAGCGGUCAAACUUACAAGAAUCGCAGAACUGGCAGAGGAAGAGGAAAAUCGCGUGGGGGUCGUGGUGGUAGAAAUGGUGGCAGAGAACAGACCAAUGAUGAUAGCUGUAAUGAACAAAAAGAAGGAAACUAUAAAGGAAGAGGAAAGCCCAGAGGAAGAGGAGGCAGAAAGAACUUUGACAAGAGAAAUGUGAAAUGUUUCACAUGUAACAAGUAUGGCCAUUACUCUUCUGAGUGUUGGCAUAAUGAAAGCAUAAAGAAAGAAAAGAACGACGAGGAAAAUCUUGUGAAAGAUGAAUUGGAAUCAGAUUCAGAUCAUGUCCUACUAAAGACUGUUACAGCGCAUGUUAAAAAUGAUGAUGACUGGAGAAUUGCACAAGGAAAACACGUUCAGAAGACGUGUAGGAUAACAGACAAGUGUGCAAAGAAGAUUGAACAUACAGAGUACGUGUCACUCGCUGGGAAAAUGAUCCAUGCAGAGGAAGAAAGAUUGUGGUACUUGGAUACAGGUUGUUCCAACCACAUGACUGGCAAUCAAAAUUGGUUGCUUGAUUUGGACACAAGCGUCAAAGGUACAAUACGCUUUGCAAAUAACAACACCAUUAGAGCUGAAGGUGCGGGCAAAGUCUUCAUCACACGCAAAGAUGGAAGAUCAGUGUACAUGCACAAUGUUCUUUAUGUACCCACGAUGAAGAGCAAUCUUCUUAGUCUCGGCCAACUUCUAGAGAAAGGAUAUACCAUGAAGAUGCAACAAGGACAUAUUGAAGUGUUCGACGAGAAACAACGGAUGAUACUCAAAGCUCCUAUUGCAAGAAAUUGGACGUUUAGAGUAAAUCUAAACGCAACUGAGAUACAAUGCAUGACUGCAACGAGUGUUGAAGGAGAAUGGUUGUGGCAUUAUCGCUACGGACAUCUAAAUUUUAGGAGUCUGAUGCAAUUAAAAGACAAGAAUCUUGUAAGUGGCAUUCCUACAAUUGUUGAGCCAUACAAGAUCUGUUGA